UUCUUUCCGAGAAACAAAAGGGGAAAAUCAUUCCCAUCUAUCGUUUCACCUUGGAAUCAGACAAGAUCCCAGCCUAAAAUACGCCAUUGGAGCAUCGGCCAGCCUCCAAAUCGAUGCCGACCCAAAAUCAAAGGGCUUCUCAAUCUGUUACUCCCCUCUCCUUGCCGGCCACAGAACAUAAGCCAACAACCCUGAAUGUACUAGAAAGGCUUCGAUCUAGGGGAGAAGGUGGGAGGAGGAGGUGAGCAGGAUAUCCGCCGGCAAGGCUCUGUCGGCGAUGGUUUGACAACGACAAUGGCGGGUCUGUUGCUGGCUUCAAAGGAGAUGGAUGAAACUUGUAUUUGAUUGUGAUUUUCUUGUAAUAAUUGUGAUUAAUAAUUUGUAUUCUGAUUGUAAUUGUAUAAUUUAUUGAUAAUUUAAAUAAAACUUUUUUCUCCCUCUGUAUGUUUUGUGUUGUGCAAAAAGCCGAGAUUGGAAG